AUGUACCAGUACACACCAUUCUCUGUUUCCGUGUCCGUUUACUCCCCUGCUACGCUUGCCUCUUCUGCUGGCAUCUUGACUCAGGCAGUGGCCGUGAAAGAUGCUAAGAAUUCAGGGCGUCGUGUGUCCUGCAGGUUGACCAUGGCAGUCUUGUUGACCACAUUUCCACAUCUCGAGGCGGGCCCCAGCAAGGAUGUGUCGAGGGACCUCCAGGAGUCCAGGACCCCCAUGAAUCCCACGCUUCGAGACUUGGACCAAUUCGGCCCCGGCCCCACUGCGGCCCAGGACCCGGACCUCGACCAGUAUCCUAAUCGGGCAAAAGGGCGGCGCUCACGGCCUGAAAGAGCACGCGGCGAGAUGGAUCGCCAAGGUCCCGAAACAAGGCGAAAGCCGUUGAUCCAAGAGCCUCGAGCAAACUCUAUCUGUAUCAGUAGUCUGUACUCUGUACUUGCCGUCUCGCGUUUGACCCUGACAGCUCGUGCAUCCGUAUCCGUAGAUCAUCUCAAGGUUCUUGCAUUUGGGUGGGAUUUGGAGAGCGUCGCUGCCAGUCUAUCCGGACGAAAGCUCAGUGCAGCUGAGACCUUACAUAAGCAUUGGAGAUGA